CAAAACAAAAAAAAAAACUCACCAGCUCCGUCAAAAACUUUGGAAUCACACUGAACUGAAUUCAACUGACCGGAAAACGCAGCCGGAGUUUUCCAUCUCCCGCCGGAAACAGUCCUUAAGUCGUCUGUCCAGGAUAUUCACCGGAAUAGAGUUGACAACGUACGUAGAAUGAGCUGAUUUGCUAUUUUGAUAGAACUUUACCAGCCAAGAAUGAGCUUGCUUUCGAGAAUAAGGCAUUGUUUACCAAAUGGUUUGCAUAGGCAACCUCUUUAUGCAAGCGUAGUAGAACUAAAUGCUAGGAAAUUAAAUGUAUUUUCAAGAAACCUUGGCCAAGCUGCAAGAAAAGAAGAGGAAGAGGAAGUGGAAAUCGAUCAAAGAAGUCUCCCAGCUGAUUUUGAUCCAGCAACAUUUGACCCCGCUGAGAAUCGUGGCCCUCCAUCUGAGAGAGUUUUCAAGCUCGUUGAUGAAGUGGCAUCUCUAACGCUAGCUGAAGCUGCAGAAUUGGGUCUCAUUCUGAUGAAGAAAAUGGGUAUAAAGGAGUUGCCUAAUGUUGGAUUUAUGAAACCGGGGACUGCAAGUUUGGCCGUAAUGGCAUCAAAAGCCUCAGCAGCACCCAAGGAGGAACAAAAACCAGAAAAAACCGUAUUUGAAUUGAAACUCUUGUCCUACGAAGCAGCUUCCAAAAUUAAAGUCAUCAAGGAGGUUCGCGGCUUUACUGAUCUAGGUUUGAAGGAGGCAAAGGAUAUAGUGGAAAAAACACCUUCCAUUAUAAGGAAAGGUGUUUCAAAGGAAGAAGGAGAACAAAUAAUAGAGAAACUGAAAGCACUUGGUGCAAAUGUAGUUAUGGAGUGAAGUAAUGUAUCUGUUUCUUGGAGAGAUGUUUCUUCCAAAAUUCAAAAAAUUUAGAAACUAUCUGAAAUUUAGUAAAUUUUUGUAUUGUUGGCUGAUGGAAAUUUUUGUAGUGUUGCCUUCUAAGAUUUGCUCAAUUUGUUGCUUCUAUUAAACAAUGUCCUGUAUUUCCCUCCAGAUGGAAUAAAAGAUAAAGGUACUGAUACUUCUGAUAUUAA